AUGAAGUUUCUGGAGAAGCUGUACUACGACUCGUCCAACCCCGCGGGAUACGGGGGUGCACGCGGAUUGAAGCGAGCCGUUAGAGGAAAGAAAAUAUCUUUGGCAGCCGUCGACGAUUGGUUAGCCUCCCAGGACGCGUACACGCGGCACAAAACGAUACGAAGAAGAUUUCCGCGAGCCCACUACAGCGUACAAAACGUCGACGAUCUGUGGGAGGCCGAUCUCGCCGACCUUAGAUCGCUGAAACAGUACAACGACGGGUACAACUACCUUCUCGUUGUCAUAGAUGUGUUGAGCAAGUUCGCGUGGGUGCGAGCGUUGAAGGGCAAGACCGCGGGUACGGUUGCGAAGGUUUUCGAGGAUUUGCUGGAAUCGACUGAGCGACGACCGAUGCAUCUGCAGACCGACAAGGGAAAGGAGUUCGUAGGCGCCCAAUUCCAAAAGAUGCUCGCCGGCCGUAACGUGCGGCAUCGCGUCACCCGAAACCCCGACGUGAAAGCAAGCGUGGCGGAGCGCUUCAACCGCACCCUGAAGGAACGAAUGUAG